GCCUCCAGCCGGCAGGUGUUUGUUUUGUCCAGCUGUUUUAAAAUUAAUUCAAAAUGCCAAUUAGACCAGAUCUCCAGCAGUUGGAAAAAUGCAUUGAUGAUGCUUUAAGAAGAAAUGAUUUCAAACCUUUGAAAACACUUUUACAAAUUGAUAUUUGUGAAGAUGUGAAGAUCAAAUGCAGCAAACAGUUUUUCCACAAGUUGGAUGACCUUAUGUGCAGGGAGCUUAAUAAAAAGAAUAUCCAAGCUGUUUCAACCAUUUUGGUUUCUUUUGGAAGAUGUGGCAAAAAUAUCAGUAUAUUGGGACAAGCUGGACUUCUGACUAUGAUAAAACAAGGACUAGUCCAAAAGAUGGUGGCCUGGUUUGAAAAAUCCAAGAAAAUUAUUCUGAGUCAAGGAAAUUCAAAAGAUGAAGCCGUUAUAAAUAUGAUAGAAGAUUUAUUUGAUCUUUUGAUGGUCAUACAUGACACUGAUGAUGAAGGUAAAAGGCAAAUAGUGGAAAGUUUCGUACCUCGAAUUUGUGCCCUGGUUAUUGACUCAAGAGUGACUAUUUGUAUUCAGCAGGAGACUCUAAAAAAAAUGAAUGCUAUGCUUGACAAAAUGCCUCAAGAUGCUGGAAAAAUACUCUGUAACCAAGAAAUGUUAAUUCUCAUGAGUAGUAUGGGAGAAAGGAUUUUAGAUGCUGGAGAUUAUGACCUACAAGUAGGUAUCAUAGAAGCUUUAUGUAGAAUGACCACGGAAAAACAAAGGCAAGAACUGGCGUGUCAGUGGUUUUCAAUGGAUUUUAUUGCUAAUGCAUUUAAAGAAAUUAAAGACUCUGAAUUUGAAACAGAUUGUAGGAUAUUUCUUAACCUCGUAAAUGGCAUGCUUGGCGAUAAGAGAAGGGUCUUUACAUUCCCUUGUUUAUCAGCAUUUCUUGAUAAACAUGAGCUGCAAAUACCAUCAGAUGAGAAACUUGAGGAAUUUUGGAUAGAUUUUAAUCUUGGGAGCCAGACUCUAUCAUUCUACAUUGCUGGAGAUAAUGAUGAUCAUCCGUGGGAAGCAGUCACUGUGCCUGAGGAAAAAGUACAAAUAUACAGCAUUGAAGUGAAAGAAUCAAAGAAGCUACUGACUAUAAUUCUGAAAAAUAUUGUAAAAAUUAGUAAAGGAGAAGGGAAAGAAUUACUUUUAUAUUUUGAUGCAUCGUUAGAAAUCACUAAUGUGACACAAAAAAUUUUUGGUGCAAAUAAGUAUAGGGAAUUUACCAGAAAACAAGGCAUUUCAGUUGCCAAAACAUCUGUGCAUAUACUCUUUGAUGCAAGUGGAUCACAGAUUCUAGUCCCAGAAAGUCAAACCUCACCAGUUGAAGAGGAACUUGUUAGUUUGAAAGAAAAACUUACCCCUCAAGAGGAAUUAGCUAAACCUCCAAAAUAUAUCAAAAAUAGUAAUCAAGGGGACAGAAAAAAUAGUCAGGCUGAGAUAAUUACUCCUAGCAAAAGAAAAAUGUCUGAAGCAUCAAUGAUUGUUCCCAGUUCAGAGAGAUACACUGUGAGAAGUCCAAUACUUCUAAUCAAUACAUCAACACCGCGAAGAGGAAGAAUUAAACCACCACUGCAGAUGACAAGUUCUACAGAAAAACCUGGUGUUUCCAAAACAUCGGAAAAUGGAGUGGAUAAUGCUGUAUCACUUAAAUCUAGAACAUCUCAAGAAAGAAAUAGAGGAGAUAAUACAGACAAACAUAUCAAAACUGCUAAAGUUGUAGAAAAUAAGGAUACUGAAUUCCCAAACCAAAAUUUUAAUGAACUCCAGGAUAUUGUUCCUGAUUCACAGGCACUGGGAAAAAUAGGUAAACCUGUGUUACCUGGUGCUUUAGACAACAUCUGCGGAAAUAAAAUGCACUCCAAAUGCGUAUGUUGGACACCUGUAACAAACAUUCAGCUUGGUAAUAACCGAAGAGAAAGUACUUCAUCAGGAGACACAUUUAAUCAAGAUACUGUUAUCAACAAAAAACUUGCUAAACAAAAAUCAUCCUCUUCAAUAUCUGAUGAUAAUUCUGAGGAAACAGGAAAGGUACAGUACAGGGAAGAAAGAAUGCAGCAUAACAAAGUAGAUGAAGCAGAAGUAGGAGUCUGCAAAGGCAGCAAACAGCAACUCGGUCGUCCUAAACACUUGGAGGAGGAAAGUACUGAAAAUACCAAGCAGAGUGAUUGGCGUAUUGAAUCUGAAACUACUUUUAAAUCAGUUCUCCUAAAUAAGACAGUUGAAGAAUCUGUGAUCUAUAGGAAAAAAUACAUAUUGUCAAAGGAUGUGAAUACUACUAUUUGUGAUAAAAGCCCUUCUCCUAGAAAAAAUGCAAACGGCGUUAGAAAAUCAGGGAAAAGACUGACGUCUGAACUUAGUUCCUGGGACUUGAAACCAAAAAAAACGAGAGAAAAGUUAAAAGGGAAAGGAUUUACUGAUGCAGCAGAAUCCUUGAUAAGCCAAAUUAAUAAGAGAUACAAACCAAAGGAUGGCAUAAAGUCCACAAGAAAAUUAAAGGAGUCUUUGACUGACAGUGGUUUUUCAAACAAAUCUGAUCUACAGCUCAGUAAGGAAAAGGUUCAGAAAAAAAGUUAUAGACAAUUGAAGACUACUUUCGUUAAUGUUACUUCUGAAUGCCCAUUGAACGAUGUUUACAAUUUUAAUUUGAAUGGAGCAGAUGAGCCUAUUAUAAAACUGGGAAUCCAGGAAUUUCAAGCUACAGCUAGAGAAGCCUGUGUGGAUACUUCAGUAACAUUGGUAGGUUUAAGGAAUCAUGAUGAACUUGAAACUUCUCUCAAAACAAAAGAUAAAAGAAUUGUAACAAAUCAUAAAAAGAAAAAUCUCUUUAGUGAUACUGACACAGAAUACAAUUGUGAUGACAUGAAGACAGAUAUUAGCUGGUUAAGAGAACCAAAAUCAAAACCACAGCUAAUAGACUACAGCAGAAAUAAAAAUGUGAAGAAACAUAAAAGUGGGAGAUCAAGACCAUGUUUGGAAAGGAGACAACCAAGAUCUAAAAUGACACCCAACAAAAAUAUCACCAAAAAGGUAGAUGAGACAGUUCCAGAGGGGAGAACCAGACUUCCACGAAGAGCAGCAAAAACCAAAAAAAAUUAUAAGGAUCUCUCAAAUUCAGAAUCAGAGAGUGAACAAGAAUUUUCACAUUCAUUUAAAGAAAAAUUGCUAGUAAAGGAGAGUAUACAUUCCAGAAGCAAAACUGUGAAGCUGCCAAAGAAACAGCAGGAUUCCUUUUCUGCCGAAAUACAGAAGGAUAUAUCAAAAGAAAGGAAAAACUCAUCUCUACUGAGAGAUACUCUACAAGAAAACAGCCUUGACCUAGCUCCUAUAUCUUUAUCUGGGAGUCCAUCAUCUAUAGAAGUAAUGAGAUGUACAGAAAAAGGAACAGAAAGGGAUUUUACUCAGGAUUAUGACUGUAUAACAAAAUCAGUAUCACCUUAUCCAAAAACUUCAUCACCUGAAUCCUUAAACAGUAAAUACAGCAUUGGAGGUCCAACAAAGUCACCCAAAAACAGUGAGGAAAAUUUACUGUGUACAAGAGAAAAUUGCUCACCAAUUCCACAAUCAUUCUUUUUGGAUAGUCAUUCAGCGUCUCCAUUAUCCAUGUCUAGUGAAGGAGGAGAGAAAACGCAGUGUGACAUGCCCUGGGACUCCACUCAUGCAUCAGGCCCUACACAACAUCUUAGUCGCAAACGAAUGUACACAGAAGACAACCUAAGUAAUUAUGAUGAAGUAGAACUGGAAGAAAGAGCAAACUUGCCUCCCAAAAAACUAUCUAAAGGCGAAGAUGCAGAUCAUCACAAUGACAAAGUGUCUGAAAGUGUAUCUCCGUUAUCAACAAAUGACUCUUCUAUUCCCGGGGAGAACUGGGAAACUGAAAUAGCAGGUGUAGGGAUUGUGUAUGAGCAGUUCAACACAGAAUUCAAGACGAAAGUUCAUAUCCACCAGAAACUGAUGGAUUAUUUUACUAAGCAGUUGUGGAAAACAGCCCAACAGCAUAUAAAAACAAUGAACCAUCAAAUUCAGGAGUACAGGAUCAAAAAACUUGAUAAAUUCCAAUUCAUCAUCACAGAGGAGCUGGAGAAUUUUGAAAAAGAUUCACAGUCUUUAAAAGAUUUGGAGAAGGAAUUUGUGGACUUUUGGGAAAAGAUAUUUCACAAGUUCAGUGCCUAUCAAAAAAGUGAACAGCAGCGGCUUCACCUUUUAAAAGCUUCAUUGGACAAGAAUGUCUUCUACAACACUGGUUAUGAAGAAACUAUUUUUACAUCUGAGAUGUGUUUGAUGAAAGAAAACAUGAAAAUGCUGCAAGACAGGCUUCUUAAGGAAAUGCAAGAGGAAGAGCUUCUUAAAGUACGCAGAGGACUGAUGUCAUUAUUCAUGGCUCAUGAAAGAAACAGUGUGUGACGCCUAGUUGUUACCAGCGAGUUUUAUCGAAUUAUGCUUUUCUGUGUAUAACUAAGGAAAUACUACAGUAGCUCUAUAAAGAGAAACACAUGUCACCCAGGCAAGACUGCCUUUGUAGGAACCUCCAAAUCCAAAGAAAUAUCUUAUCAAUGAAAGAACCUACAGUCACUAUAACAUGGUUCUGAGCCCAAAGGACUUUUGUCUGUACACUAUUACCCUUUUUAAAGAAAGUUUUGGGAAAUCAGACAAUAAAAGGAAUUGGCUUGUUUUGCAUGCAUGAGACAAAUAUUCAGUUAACCAUAUUCACAAAACUAGGUAUUCCUUUAAUAAACUACAACUUACCAUACAAAAUAUAUUUUAAGUGAAAACAGUUUGAACUAAUAUAAAGUAUUACUAAAAUUUGUUUACUAGUUCAGAAUAUACUACAAGUAAUAAAAAUUUAGUGACGCAUAGAAGGGGGGAGAAGUCAGAUUUAAAAUGCUUACCUGCGUGGCCAUCAGUACUUGCAGCACACUGUUGGAGAGUAUAUUUGUUCAGUUAUGACUCCACUAUGUUAUUAGAAGGCAAUAAAAGAGUCUAAAAUGGUUACUAUAUAAUUCUAGGUAGACAUGCUAUUAACUCAUAAGCAAGCUGUUUUGACAAGUACUUUUUAAACCCCAGUGUUCAUUAACUUCUUAAAAUGAAUACACAUUUAAUUUGAUUUAAU